GCUCCAUAUUUGGGCAUGUACGUCAGCGGCGGGGCGGAGCCGAGCCUGCUAAAUAGCGGCGGUUGCCGGGGAAAGCAUUCAUCCCGCGGGAAGAGAGUUCAGCGGCUCAGCUCGGCUCGGCUCGGACCGAGGAGGAGGAGGAGGAGGAGGAGGAGGAGGCGGCGGCGGCGGAGGCGGCGACGGCGGAGACGGAGACGCCCCGCCUGGAAGCCUCAACCCAUUUGCCCAGCUUAUCCCCCGGAUCCCGGCAUAAUGGUGACCAAGGCGGAGAUCAGCCUGCCGCCCCUGUUGCCAGAGCCACUGUACCAGGCUCUAGACUCUUACUCGAAGCUGGACGAUGCGCUGAUGACGGGGACGUUUGUCACCGCCUCCACCGACCAGCCGUUCUAUGGGGAACCCCUCGAGCAGUUCGAGCAUCUGCCGGCAGACACGUUUACAGAUAUUUCACCCAGCGGAGAUAAGUCUCUGAUCGAGUCGUUCGUAACCCAAAACUGCAGGCUUCCAUCGGUCACCUACACAGGUCGCUUCUCACUUGAGCCCGCUUCCAACAACAACCUGUGGCCCGAGCCGCUGUUCAGCCUGGUAAGCGGCAUCGUUAGCAUGAGCACUCCCAGCUCAAACUCGGCCUCGUCCAGCCAGCCCAUCCAGCAAAGCCAGUCCAGUGCUGUCUACUCUGCCCCUUCCACCUUCACCAACUCCAGCUCCGAUAUCUUCACCGAGGCACAAUCUCCGGGCUUCCCCUCCCCCGGUGGCUACUCCAACACUAAGAACUGCAGCUCCAAUUUCCAGCUGCCAAUGAUCCCAGACUACAUGUUUGCCCAGCAGGAGGACAUUACUAUGAGCAACUCUGAACAAAAACCUUUUCAGACACUGGAAUCCAGAGCUCAGCCUUCUCUCAUUCCUCUCUCCACCAUCAAAGCGAUCGCCACGCAAACCAGCUGUUCCGAGAUCAAGAACGUCAGUACUUAUCACUCUCAGCUUAUCAAACCAUCCCGGUUAAGGAAGUACCCCAACCGACCCAGCAAGACACCCCCUCACGAACGGCCGUACGCCUGCCCGAUGGAGACCUGUGACCGGCGCUUCUCACGGUCUGACGAACUCACUCGCCAUAUUCGAAUCCACACCGGCCAGAAGCCAUUCCAGUGCCGUAUAUGCAUGAGGAACUUCAGCCGGAGCGACCACCUCACCACGCACAUCCGCACACACACAGGCGAGAAGCCUUUUGCCUGCGAAAUCUGUGGUAGGAAGUUUGCUAGAAGCGAUGAAAGGAAGAGGCACACGAAAAUCCACCUCCGCCAAAAGGAGAAGAAAGCUGAAAAGACCAUGUGUAUCUCUAGCUCCAAUACUCCAAUUACUUCCUACCAGUCCCCUGUAACCAGCACGUAUCCCUCAGCUGUAGUGAGCACCUCUUUUGACUCCCCUGUAACCAGCACGUAUCCCUCAGCUGUAGUGAGCACCUCUUUUGACUCCCCUGUAACCAGCACGUAUCCCUCAGCUGUAGUGAGCACCUCUUUUGACUCCCCUGUUACCAGCACGUAUCCCUCAGCUGUAGUGAGCACUACCUUUGACUCCCCUGUUACCAGCACGUAUCCAUCCUCAGUAGUGAGCACUACCUUUGACUCCCCUGUUACCAGCACGUAUCCAUCCUCAGUAGUGAGCACUACCUUUGACUCCCCGGUCACUAGUGGUUAUCUUUCUGCAGUAGUGAGCACAUCAUUUGACACCCCUUCCACAAGUGGUUACCUUUCUGCAGUAGCAAGCACUUCAUUUGAUACCCCUGUCACUAGCACUUACCCCUUGGCAGCAGUGAGCACCUCUUUUGACCCCUCAGUCACCAGCACGUAUCCGUCCGCAGUAGUGAGCAUGUCCUUUGACUCCUCAUCCACCAGCACUUAUCCCUCCGCAGCAGUGAGGACCUCCUUUAAUUCCCCAGUCACCAGCACCUUUCCUGCAGUAAACCCGGCUACUUCAGACAUGUCAACACUUACACCAAGGACAAUUGAAAUCUGAAGUUGUUGGGGUCUCUAGAAAUGGACAUGUUUUUAUAUAAACAUGCUAUUGUGUACAUGUGCCAAACUGUACCCUCUCAGCAUCUGCAGGCACUAUUGCCUAAUUGGAGGGGGUAUGCCUUUUCGUAUUCCAUCCUGUUUAACCUGGAAUUGGCAGGGGAUAACUUGGUAAACGUCUCUGUCGUGCAAUACUGUCAUCAAUGUUUUUGAGCAAAUGAGACGCAGUUGGAAUGUCGUGCUACCAGCAUGUACCAGAGAUGUUCUUAUGUCAGGGAAGUUACCCUGGUGGUUGCCAAGUGGCUGAACUUUGCUUUGUCCUUUGGUUGGUCUUAAAGUUCCGAUAAGUCUGUGUGCCUUUCAUGUGCAGCUUGCUAACACGUAUUUCUGUUAGUGGAUGUGACGCAUCUAAGCCUUAAGGUGGAAAGAAAGACAUGGUCAAAUAAGGCACUUUGUAGUGGGGGGAAGGGAAGAAAUGCCAAAACAUUUCUCUCGAAAGUAAGCAAAAAAUAUCUAAAGUAUAUUUUUGUAACCUGUGUAAAUAGAUUCAGAGCCAGGAUGUUGCUGUUACCUACCGAGUAGGCGGUGUAUUUUUUGUAUGUUCUCAAUUUGCGUCCAACUGGUAAAUACAUUUCAAUGUAGAGUGUUUGUUAACGGAGCACCUGCCUGUUCACGCUUCAUUCAAUGGAAUGCGCUUUACUGGCGAGUGGAUAUUUGGUGUACAAUAUACCCUCAAGGAAAAAUAAAUCUUUUAAAGAUUUCUCUUACAUUUGUUGGGCUAUGACUAUUUAAAAACAAAUGCUG